CCUGACAUUUCGUUCUUGAAGGUUCUAGCAAGACAUUACACCUGUCCGUGCCUGUUACCGGCAGUUGCGCUCGUGUCAAAAUUAACGCCUAGUGACAUCUUAACCAAAAGGACUUCGUGUUUGCGGCUUUGCGCACACUUUGGUGCCGCCGUGACUUGCUGUUAAGAUGGAACGAAAGUUGGAGGAGGCUUGGGAACAGACAGAUGAUAUUAUUGAGUCUGUCCAGCAGCAGCCCCCUCCAGCGAGACCCGCAUCCAGUGGGGGAAAAUCUAUUCAGGAAAAACUGUAUGAGAUUUAUUUGGAGGAAUGCGAGAAAGAGCCUGAAACAGAGGGCCUUCGAAGCAAUGUCAACUUGCUAGGAAAGCUUAUGGAGAGAGAGGCGCUGCCGUGUUUAGUGGUCAACCUGCAUGCGGGAAAUCAGGGCUAUUCUCUCCUGCUCAAGGACAAAGACGGAGCCCUUAUAGAGCCCUUUCCAAUGCCCUAUGUAGGACAGCAACUGUACAAAUAUUUGGAGGCUGAAGAGUUGCAUCCUUUUCUGAUCGAUGCCCUGGAAAAAUCCCCUGUGAAUGUGUUUCACCAUGGCUGUGUCAUAGCAGAAAUCCGAGACUACAGGCAGUGCAGUGCUAACUACCCUCCUAGGGAGCCUGGUGAAGAGCCUGCUGUGUCAUCUACAGUGUCCUCGCCUGCUUACCAAAUGCGUCACGUUCUCUUACGUCCAACGAUGCAGACGCUAGUGAGUGACGUGGAGUCCAUAGCAAGAGACAACAGUCAGUGGACUCUGGAAGAAAAACUUGAGCUUGAGAGUCAAUUGAUCCUGGCUACAGCAGAGCCACUGUGUCUGGACCCCUCUGUUGCUGUGACCUGCAUGGCCAACAGACUGCUGUUUAAUGAGCAGAAGAUGAACACUGACCCCAUGAGGCAACACUUCACAAGUCGUGAGCAGUCCUAUCCAGAAAUGGAGGAAGAAAAAUGUAUAUAUACAACUCCUUCUGAUGUUGCAACAAUGAUUGCUUGCAGAAAACAAGCAGAAAUAAAACCAGGUGACCAAUAUGAUGUGAAGAUUGCUGAAGUGGGAAAGUGUGUAGAUACGUGGAAGCAGAGACCCUGCGAACUGGUGGCCCCCUCACAGGUGGAUGUGCAGAAAUAUGCUAGAGGGAAGCGGUCUGCGCCCCAUGAUGACUCAGCAUCAACAGCCUGGCCAGCUCCUGAGGACUCGGAGCCUCUUUGACACAGCCACAGUCCCCUGUCUGUGUAUGGCCUGAUCUGGUUAUCCAUGUUUGGGCUCUCUCCACCUUUUGGCUACUGUGGGUCACGGUGCUGCCAUCAUUCAUGUACAGACGUUAUUUUACUGCUUAUGUUUUGUUUUGGUAACCCGUAAGGAUAAGCUGCCUACAUGAAAUUUGCCUUUUGUAAGUGCACAUGUAUGUUUAUUUGCCUUUUACCCUAAGAAGUGGAAACUGUCUGUUCUGAAAGAGACUAGGGAAGGGACAGCAACCGUGACCAUCACUGGCAUGAACCUGAGGUCCUGUCGGUGCUCUUUAGCAGAGAUUCAGCCUCCUUCAAGCAAGCUGCUCCCGUUGGCCACCAGAGUGACAGUGAGCUGACUGGGGCACCCUGGACAUCGCUAGGAGCGGAGCCUGCGCUGGGAAGGAGUGAAGCGGCCCAGUGAGCCGGGGGGCAAAGAGCGUAAGCCCAGCCUUCAGAGCAAGCAGACCUGAGCUCAGCGUGCUGCCAGAUUUCAUGCCCUUCCUCCCUGUGCUCUGUAACCGGUCCAUUCCGGCACCAUAAGCACAAUGUUUGGCUUGAGAGAUGUGUCCUUUCUUUUCAGACAGGCAAAUAAAUUUAUCUUAGUUUGCAGUUA